CAUGUUAGUGUUCUGUUUCAAUCUAGCCGUGGAAGCAACUUCUCUCUGGCUGCUCUCUCUCUCUCUCUCUCUCUCUCUCUGCUUCCACUGGCUGCUCUCUCUCUCUCUCUCUCUAGUUAAGCGGAGAGGGUUUUGGUGGGUUUCUCUUCUUUAGGAGAGAGAAGAUGGGUCUGUAUAAUUACUUUCCAAACCCAGGUGAAGGGGUGCUCCCAGUGCUGGUAAUGAACAUGAUUCUCUCAGUAGCUCUGUUGAAGAACAUGGUGAGAUCAGUUCUUCAAGUAGUUAGCUUUUCCUCCGCUCCGAAUUCAGAGCAAGACCAAUCACACGACAGAAACCCGCCAGUUAGAAGACUCGUUUCAGUCACCAAGUUCGAGUCUCUGUGCAGGAACAGGGCAAAUUUCGCCAGUUCCGGUGGAAAUGGCGGCGGCGUGCGGUGGUCCUCGUUGGAUUGCUGCUGCUGCGUGUGCUUAAGUGGGUUUGAAGCGGAGGAGGAGGUGGGUGAGUUGUCCCAUUGCAAGCAUUUCUUCCACAGGGGUUGUUUGGACAAGUGGUUUUAUGAUUACCAGCGCAGGACUUGUCCUCUUUGUCGUUCCAUGAUAGAGUUCUGAAAUUCGAAUUUGGUGAAGGAAAAGGUAGUUGGGAUAUUGGAAAGGAAUGAUUUCCCACCCCCCCGUUUUUUUUUCCUUUGAGCAGAAGUUGGUAUUAGCUCUAGGUGUAGAAAUUUUGGUUUGCUAAAGUGUGGAUUUGUGUUCACAAGUCAAGUUGCGAAUAAUAACAGAGGAUCAGAAAUGGAAGAUUGAGUGUGUUCA